GCUAUUCCAUUGGCGCAAGCAGUUGCGAGGCGAUUUUUUCACUGACUAGACGCGUGUUUACAAAGGGGUGCAUAAAUUCGCGAAAUAAAUAAACAAUAAAAAAAAGGCUCACCGCUCCGCGACGACGACGACGGCGCUCGUUCUCGGCUGGGUUUCGCGACGGCAACCGCGGCGUGGGUGUGUGAGAAGCAAAAACCAUCGAUUGCGGCAGCUAUUUUCCCAAUGCAAUAAUCGAUGGUGUGAAGAAUAGCGAUUGCACGUGAGGGCUGUCUGUCAGCAUGACAAAUGAAUAUUUCUGUUUUUGUAUGAAUUAAGUUUUCCUGCGAGUCGUAAGGCCGCAACAAAGUGACGGUACGCUGCGAAUGAAUUAUUCCCAAGUGAAUGAAUGGGAGAGUGAGCUAAUAAUAAUUGAUACUGGGCGGAAAGCUGAUUGGUGAUACAAAUAAUAGCGAAGUGAAGUUGACUGGUGUCAAGUGGCCGUUUCCAGCGAAAGGAUUAUCGUUACUGACGGACUGCUCCACUGAGAUUAUACGAGAUGACUGAAAUGAUUGACUUGCGAAUGCAUCAGCAUAUUGCACACGAGAUCUACAGGCAGCAAAUGUUGCAAAGGAUUCCAGAUCCUUUCCCAUCGAUGCUGCCGGUUCCGGUACCUCCGAUGCAUGCUAUGGCCUUACCGCCAAGGUACUCGCUACCGGGUGUAGAGAUGAAGCUACAAAACAAGGACCUGUGGCGGGAGUUUCACAAGAUUGGCACGGAGAUGAUUAUCACCAAAUGCGGCAGGCGAAUGUUUCCCUCGAUGCGACUCACCGUUGAUGGUCUGGACGCGGACACCAAUUAUUGCGUGCUGCUGGAGAUGAUGCCCAUUAGCGACUGUCGGUUCAAAUUCAGCGGAUCGCAGUGGGUUCCGGCGGGUGGUGCCGAACCGCAAAGCCCGCAACGCUUUUGUCUGCAUCCGGACAGCCCCGCCCUCGGAACCCAUUGGGCCUCCCAACCGAUCGUCUUCAACAAGGUGAAGCUGACCAAUAACACGCUCGAUAACAAUGGACAUGUGGUAUUGACCAGCAUGCAUAAGUACCAGCCAAGGAUACACAUCAUCAGGACGGCAGACCCAUCGCAGAUCCCUUGGGCAGCCCAGCAAGCGUUUGUUUUUCCAGAGACUGAAUUUGUAGCUGUAACUGCCUAUCAGAACGAUCGAAUAACCAAACUGAAGAUCGAUAACAACCCGUUCGCCAAAGGAUUUCGCGAGACAGGUCAGUCUCGGUGCAAAAGGAAGCUGGGCAGCGGUGGCGGCGGCAGCAAUACAUCAACGUCAUCGUCGUCGUCGUUGUCGUCCUCGGGAACAUGUGGCCAGAUGACAGAUGACGAGGAUCGCAACGAUCUGCAACAGCUCCACGAGUCUAAGCGGGCCAGAUCAAACGAGCCUGAUCCGCUGGAUGGCCGGUUCUUGGAUCCCCGAUUGCUAGAGGAUGGCUCUCAUGCCGGGUCCGAAGCGGCGUUACGUGUACAGAUGCACCAAAUGCAGCGACGGUUUCCUCCCGGCCUUGCAGCCAACGAGCUGCUGAUACGUCAGUACAAUCACAUGCUCAACCCCAGCUGGAUGGAUCUAAUGAUACCCUUCAUGGCAAGAAAUCCCUACCAUCCAUCGUUGGGUUCUCCUCAAACUCAACCUCCGAUAGGUCACCCGUUCCUGGCGAUGGCGAACCGUGGCGAACCAUUACUUCCGGCACCAAUAAGAUCUCCUCUGACAGCGCCCCAGAUCUCACCAUCCGAAUCCAUUCCGGAGUCGGACCAAUCGUCUGCCUUUAGUGUCACAAUGGCCACUUCGGAAGAACAACCGUCACUGGUGCGACUAGGGCCAGAAGACAGUGCAUCUGUCCGGUCCCCUCAAGCUUCUAGUGCUGCGAAUGAAACGCGGGAUGAAAACAAUGAAGACAAUAAGAAAGUGAACUUCAGUAUCGCUUCCAUUCUGCUGCUCUAGUGAUGUGUGAUAUUGAUAAAACUGUACAGUACCAUUCGUUUAGUGCGUUAGUGGUGUAUUUAUGAGUAUUUUAACUAUUUUUCCUCUAGCUAGUGCCUUCGCUUGGUUCACAGUAGACGUAAUCAUAUUUUUGUAUGAGUA